CACAAUCACCAAGCAGACACUCUUCCAAGACAAAACCACUCUUUGGUUUGUCCAUCAUGGCUGCGCCCCUAGUUCAAUGUGAAAGUAAGCGAUCAUGCUGCCAUGAAGUAACCUUGCGCUUCGUAUAGAGUCACCGAAGUAUGUUGGAAUUUCAGCGAUAGCUCGGCCAGAUAAGUUUAUAUCAUAAAUGGCUUUCCGUGUGAGCAUCUCGAUUUUCGGGAAAUCUUUACGUGUCCCGAGAGUUGCUAACGUGUCUGCGCCACUGGAAAAUGCGUCACCGUUUCUCAGAACGGGAUGGGCUGCCCGUCGUCCAGGGACCAAUAAUGGACACGGUUUUCGCUUCACUCCUGCCUGUUUUAUUACAUCGGAUGCGUUUUUGAGCAGACUGGAGAAAGGCAAAGCGGCGGAGACAGAUGACACUCUUUAUCACUAUCCAGCCUCAGUUCUGCCCGACAGCGCUGAACAAUUAUCAUUGCUGGUGAAGGAUCCAGAUCAACCAGAGAACUCAAAGGUUUUAAGAGUGGCCAUCAUUGGUGCCCCAAAUGCUGGGAAGUCCACACUGUCCAACCAACUGCUUGGCAGAAAGGUGUUUGCUGUUUCCAAGAAAGUGCACACCACACGGUCCCGUGCCCUUGGCGUUCUCACAGAAGACGACACACAAAUUAUUUUACUGGACACUCCUGGACUCACUACACCUACAAAAGUCAAGAGGCACCAGCUGGAGAAGUCUCUCCUCGAGGAUCCUUGGAAUACAGUCAAGGAAGCUAGUCUUGUGGUGGUAAUGGUAGAUGUGUCAGACAAGUGGGCCUGCAACAAGCUAGACUUUGAGGUCCUGAAAUGCCUGACCCAAUACCCAGAUGUCCCAGCAGUCCUAGUUCUCAAUAAGGUUGACAUGCUGAAGAGCAAGAGCAGGUUGCUGGAGAUCACAGCAGAUCUGACGUGUGGAGUGGUGAACGGCCGGAAGCUGCAGGUCCGCAGGGUGAUCAAACCACCCUGGGCUGAGAGGAGGACAGACAGGGAGGCUAGGACAUCAGGGUCUGGAGAUGAGGACAAGCCGGGUGGUGAUGUGGCUCAUGGUGAGGGCAGUGAGGCCCAGUCAGGGCUGAGUAAGGAGCAGCUUAGGGCUCUGAAGACCCAACAAGGCUGGGCUCACUUCAAGGACGUCUUCAUGCUCUCUGCUGUGGAUGGAGAGGAUGUGGAGACACUGAAGAGAUACCUAGUAGUGGGGGCAAAGCCUGGGUCUUGGCAAUACCACAGUGAUGUCCUGACAGAUCAGACUCCUGAGGAGAUCUGCACCAACACUGUCAGAGAGAAGCUUCUGGAAUAUCUGCCCAAAGAAGUCCCUUACACAAUGACGCAGGCCAUUGACUUGUGGCACGACAGGGAGAAUGGAGAGCUGGAUAUAGCAGUAAAACUGUAUGUGAAGAAAGAAAGUCACAUGAAAAUGGUGAUUGGCCAGGCUGGUCAGAUGGUUGCCAGGAUAGCCAGAGAGGCUGGAGACGACCUGAGCACAGUGUUCCUCAGGGAGGUCAAGCUGAGGCUCUCUGUGAAGGUGAAGAACUGACGAGGAUUAUGAUGAACUGGGUGUUAUGAUCAUCUGGGGGACAGUUUUAUGGUGGCCUUGUGAAUAGGAAAUGAACACUGUUGGACUCACUAUUUUCAAG